AUGUCUUGUGAGUUGAAAAGUGUAAUAUUGGUCAUAGUUUUAUGCACUUCUGGAGGUGGUAUUGUUGGUAUUGUUGGCGUUGUUGAUGGUGUUAUCAGCUCGGUUGGUGUUGCUAGUACUGCUAAUACUACUGAUGGUGUUAUCGGUUUUGUAGGUAAAAUUAUUGGUGUUGUGGGUAGGAUUAUUGGUGUUAUAGGUAGGAUUAUUGAUUCUAUUGGUGGGAUUGUCGGGGCUGUAGGUAGGAUUAUUGGUGCUAUUGGUGGGAUUAUGGGUAUUGUAGGUGUUUUCAUUGGCGUAGUUGGUGCUACUGAUGCUAAGGAUGGGAUUAUCAGUUUUGUUGGUGGAGUUGGUGCUAUUGAUGCUACUAAUGGGAUUAUCAGUUUUGUUGGUGCAGUUGGUGUUGUGGGUGCCAUAGAUAUAAUCAAGGAUGGCCUCUUUAGAGUUGUUGGCUAA